GCGAAUCCUAACUGAUCGGAACGCGUGCGAGACAGGUGAUUUUUCGAAGCCUAGGCAGCAAGGCCUAAAUAGAGAAUUUGUGCGGUGUCAGGGUGGCAGAAUGGCCCACGGCGCGGUAGGCAAACUUUGUGGUGUUCUGCAACGUUGAUAUGUGUGUAGGUGUAAAAGCUCCCCGCCCUAAGCGCACCGUUCAGCUACGGGUUGGAAAGCAAAGGGAGCAGUAGUAAAAAAGAAAAAAAAAACAACUUGACAAGUGGGAUGAGGGGAUUUUGCUGUGCUUAAGCGCUGUUCGCUGUAGUGAAUUAUGUCAAAUUAUUGUCGUUACUAGCGGCAGGUCUAGGUUCAUGUGUAUACAAAACGUCCGGAGAGUAGGCGCUGAAUUGCAAUGGAUCUAAUAAGGAUAACCACCCGAGGAUACGGAUAGCAAACGAUAGCCUUUCCAAGUGGAUAGGCAGUGAUUCGGUGCUGCUAGGCGACGGUGGUGCUACAGUUUGCGAAUAUUGAUUUAUGGAUGUCCCCGCGAUAAGAGGACCGAGGAUACGCAACCACCCAGGAUAUAUGUACGUGCAGAGAAUAAGAGUGCCGUGUGCUCGAUGCUUUCGGGUGAAACAAUGUCGAGAGGAAGGAAAGUCCUUCUGAGAAGCACAAGCGAAAAGGUUAAAGUGUUAUUGGGCAUUUCAUGGUGAAGUUUUAAGUGCAGUGUGAUACAGUGGUAUCAGAUUGCGGGUGAGAGUGAAUGAUGGAUUAAUUGCUGAAGAGGCCAUCAAGAAGAAAUCGAUCGUUUAUCGAGAGGAACGGAUUCUUUCCAAUCCAUCCUUCUAGUGAUAUAGAAAUGUGAAAUGUGAGGAUUCCGAAACAAAGAGAAUAUCACCCUCGUGUGCCCUUCGCAAGGAGAUUGCGUAUCAAUCAGUGAUAGUGUCAUCGGUAGAAGAAAAAAUGUGAAUACCACGAAAUUCGUAAGUUUGUCAAAAAAGGUGACGGGAAGAGCUUUGAGCUCUGGUGCAAACGUGUCCCAAAAGAAGUAAAACAAAUAAAUGUAUAUGCCAAAUGAGUAGAAAUGCUGUCAACAAUCCAGUAGCGUGAUCUGCAUAACCAUGUUGAUACCACUAGUGAUAAUCAUUCCCCUAUUUGCCCCGAGUGUGUAUUGCGGUGGCAAUAGCGACGAGAAUGAUUCCGUGAAGAAAACGACUUCACGUGUUGUGCAUAUUAAAUACGGUUCGGUAUCCGGUACCAUUGAACAUCUGGAUGGAAGACAUCUGGAUCCGGUGGAGGCGUUCCGAGGAAUUCCGUAUGCUUCACCUCCUGUAGGCACUUUACGCUUCAUGCCCCCGGUAACAGGUGCACUCUGGUCCGGGGUCAAAAAAGCGGAUAGGUUCAGCCCGGUAUGUCCACAGCGUCUUCCAGAUAUCGCCAAUGAAACAGCGGCACUGGAACGAAUGCCUCGUGGUAGAUUAGAAUAUUUAAAGCGACUUUUGCCGUACCUUAGAAAUCAAUCUGAAGAUUGCCUGUACUUGAACAUCUACGUCCCAACCCAAGCUGGCUCUCGAGAGAAUUCCGGUGCUCAAAAGUAUUCAGUGAUGGUGUUCGUCCACGGCGAGUCGUACGAAUGGAACAGUGGCAAUCCAUACGAUGGGUCCGUACUUGCCAGUUUCGGGCAAAUUUUAGUAGUUACAAUCAAUUAUCGUCUAGGAAUAUUAGGAUUUUUAAAUGCCAACAUCGACCGGUUCUCGAAAGCACCGGCCAACUACGGUCUGAUGGACAUCAUUGCGGCCCUCCAUUGGAUUCAGGAAAACAUCGAUGGUUUCGGCGGUGAUCCACGGAGCGUCACACUGGCCGGCCAUGGGACAGGAGCCGCCUGUGUUCAUUUUCUCAUCGCUUCGGCUGCUGUGCCAGAAGGUCUUCUAUUUCACCGGGCAAUGCUGAUGUCUGGUUCGGGACUGGCCCCGUGGUCCCUCGUGGGAGAGCCAGCCAAGUUUGCUGCGUAUGUUUCGCAUCACGUGAAUUGCUCACCUGACCUACCUCACCAGAUGCUACUCAAGUGUUUGCGAGACAAACCACUCAGCGACGUUCUAUCGACGUCAGUUCGGGCGCCGGAUUUCGGGAACGCCUUCGGGCCAAGUGUCGACGGAGUUGUAAUCGAUACUGGCGAGAUCCAACAGAUGGAUGGGUCCCACUACAGCGACUAUGGAGCACCCACAGCACCUAAACCGUCAACUCAUCUUCACAACACGCUCAACACGAUCAAUGCGAUCCUAUUACGUAAACUAGCUAUUAACAAAUUAUCCAAGUAUGACCUGCUGGUAGGAGUGACACGAGCAGAAGCAUACUUUGUCUUCAAUUCCGAGGACGUGCAGUACGGCAUUGAAGCCGACCGACGAUCGAAGAUCCUGAAAAACUAUGUCAAGAGUACUUAUAGCUACCAUCUUAAUGAAAUCCUAGCUACAAUAGUUAACGAGUACACUGACUGGGAAAGGCCGAUCCAGCAUCCAAUCAAUAUAAGGGACGAAACGCUGGAAGCACUGAGUGACGCCCGGGUGGUGGCACCUGCCGUACAAACCGCUGAUCUGCAUUCGGCUGACCAUCGAAACUCGUUCCUGUACGUAUUCGACUAUCAAACCAAGUUUGGCGAUUUCCCACAGCGACAAGGCUGCAUCCACGGGGAAGACCUGCCGUAUCUAUUUGGAGCACCGCUAGUCGGAGGAUUCAACCACUUCACCAGAAACUACACGAAAUCCGAAAUUGCGCUGUCGGAAGCGGUCAUGAUCUACUGGUCCAACUUUAUCCGCACCGGGAAUCCGAACGAACAACUCGAGAAUGACCACAUUCGGGAUAGGACCCGGUUCAAAAACAUCGAAUGGACACCUUAUGAAAGCGUGCACAAAAAAUUUCUUAAUCUAGAUACAAAACCGAAGCUGAAAAACCAUUACCGCGCACAUCGAUUGUCGUUUUGGCUCAAUCUGGUACCAGAUUUGCAUAAGCCUGGCGGGGAUGAUGUUCCCAGCUCGCACCACGAGCUCGACGAGGACGAAGAAGAGAAUGUUCCUGUGCCGACUGUGAAGCCACUUAAUCCUCCACAGCGAGACCCCGCAUCUGCCAAUUCCAACUUUUCCUUUUUCACCACACAAGUAUUUUCGCUGUUGAAUUUUUCCACUUACGGGAUUAACAAUAGCACCAGUCGUCACAACGUUCAUAAGCCGAUUCCAGUGACAGCGGAAUCGUCUGAGGGGUCCGAAGAUGAUGGGGGUGGUUCACCACAGGAGGACGGUUUCGCCGCCUACAGUACCGCACUGAGCGUGACGAUAGCAAUCGGAUGUAGUUUGCUUAUACUGAAUGUGCUUAUUUUCGCCGGUGUUUACUAUCAACGAGACAAAACGAGGUUAAACGAUUCGAGAAAUAGCAAGAAGCGUAACGAAAACGGUCAGAUGCCGAACAACAUUUGCGGCGAACUGGAAAGUCUCACCAUCCAUGCGAAAAGCGAUCCGUCAACGAUAUUGGGACAUCACCAUGCCUUACAGCAUCAUCAGAUGCCACCGCCGGAGUUUGCAGAUCUGCCCCAGCGGGCACCGCCUCCACCGAAGCAUAUUAAAUCGGUUCCGGACGGUACGAUACUGUCGCAACAUGCGUUACAACUAAUCGGUAACAACUGCGGGACGCUGACGAAGAAGAGCUGCGUUAAGUCCAACCUGACCACCUCCAAUCAGGCUCAGAAUGCGAUGGACGAACUGCGGGUGUGACGUUAAGUAUCCUUUGCCAUCGAGAAACAAUCUCGAUGCGAGCACCGGCAGCACCACCAUCAUCCUCGCCACCAAAACAAUUUACAUCGGCCAUAUUUCGAACAACAGCAUCAGCAUCAUGAACAGCAUGAGCAGCAGCUUUAGCGCGCUGUCGAAGGCCCAUUGCUGGAACUUACAUCGCCGAGAAUUGUGAAUCCGGAGAGCAUUAUCAAUUAAUUAAUAAUUGAUGGGCGUACUUAGGUAUAAAUAAAUAAUAAAUAAACAAUUGUGUACAUACUACGGAUAGGAGAUACUGCACUUACACCGACACCAGGCUCACUCAUUCACUCCUUCGCUGACUCUGUAAUGAUUUUUGCCCGCACUGCUACGAUUUUAGACGCGAAAGAACGGAAGGAUGUGAAUAAUAAAUUCCACUAUCAGCAUCUUAGCUGUGGGGGAACCGUUCAGCUCGAAAGGUUUCUGUUCUAUUCAAGUGGUGCUUUUUCGAUCCUUAUUUUUUGUAUAUAAAUCGGAAUUCUACGAUAUAAUUUAUCACCGGGAAGCCAGAGAGAAAAAGGAACGAUUAAUAAUUAACUUGAACCCACUCUCGGAAAGUGAGAUAUUCAACGGUGCAAAUUGUUGGCCUUUCCUGCUAUUUUUUUUAUUUCCGGAGCUUGAUUAUAUGGAUGAUACUGGUUAGAAACCUAGCAACGCUUGGCAUAGUUCUCUGCAGAUAUAUUUUUCCGCCUGAUUAACGGCAGCAUCAUCAACAUUCUGGCAUCGUUUUCCACCAUCGGUAACUAGAACAUAGUUCAAUGUGCCAGAUUUUCUACCGUAUACGCUGAGGCUGCAGUGGACAAAAAUGUUCAUGAAAGUGCUUCAAACGAAUACGUUUGUGAAUUACGUGCUCAUAGGCCCGUCAAUACUGAUACAUUCCAGAAAAUUUGAAAAUUUCAAAUGAACCAAGAUCUAAUGUUUUGUGAAUAGAAUAGGUACUAAAAAUGGCAAACUACGAAUUUGCAAAUUCAAUUGGGCAUGAGAUAUUGGCAAACAGUUUUCAAUUGCAUUAUGAAUUCUCUAUUUUUCGUCUUUUCAACCAAUGCGUCGGCUUUCGCAUGACAGCUUGAAAUAUGCGACCAAAGCAUAGAUUCUUCACUAGCGUGAUAUUUUUUGAUGAAUUGCUUCAAUUUCGGCUAGCAUUUGCUAAUAAAAUUAUCUACAUCAGCCGCUUUUGCUUUGUUUAAACACACUUCCCAGAAAUGGCUAGCCACACUAACACCUUAGACUCGAAUUUCGAUUUGUCAGCAUCUUUAACCCUUAAAUGCGCAAUGUUGUUUUAAAACAACAUUGCAAAAACCAUCUCAAAAUUAUCGUAGCAACGUAUUAAAACCGUGAGACAAUUUUCAGAAAAUUUGUAAAAAAUUUGUUUGCGCCUUUAAGGGUUAACAUCGUCUGGCGUUGCUUCAAUGCUGCCAGUGUAAUUGACAUCAUUUUCACUUUAAGGUGCGAAAAUAUUAAGUAUGAUUUAUCAUUAAAAAUGAUGAAUUUUUCAUUUUCAAAGUGUUUACGGUGAAGUGUAGGGCAGCAAAUUGGUAUAAAUUUGGGGUUGUUUCGUUGUGUAUUCUAGUGCUCACUAACCAUUAUGAUAAAUUAGGUUGUUUUUCUUCAAAAUACAGUGGACAGUUAUGCAAGAAGUAAUCAAUUUUAGAGCGAAUUUGUGCGUUUUUUUUCAAACGUUGUAUUUGUCACUUGAUAGCACAUAUUUCAUUUUUGCCAUGGUGGCAAUCUUCCAAAACAUUGAAAACAGUUGCGCGCAAGAUUGGCUUGUCUUUAAACACUUGAAGAAUUUAUUUUUAGUCGUCCAAACAGGUUGACAACAGAUUUGCGUAAAUACAACUUGUACGACAUUUUGUUGUAAACAACUGUACAAUUUGAGGUUAACAGGAGUAUAUUCAGGUGUAGUUAUUUUUUUGUACUUGUUAAAGCAGUACACCUGAGUUUAGUCUAAAAACUUUCCGAACCGAUGGUACAAUAAAAAUGAUGAAAAAUGGUGUCUCAAGUACGUCAGGAUAGGUUUUUAUGAGCAUUUGAAAUUUUUUGUCGUAUCAAUUAUAAAAACUGUCAGUGUUAAAAGUUAGGAAAAUUAGAAAAGGUCAAGGAAGUGCUAUUUAUGGCAUGCAUUUGACUGGUGAAUUGAAUGGCAUAUUUAGAUUUUUCGUGCGCUCGUUCUCAAUUUAUGCGCUUUAUGAAUCAAUAAAACUGAAAUAAAUAUUCAAGAACUGUUUUUUACGGUCAAGAUUCGUUUUUCAGCUUACCGGAAUUCGGGAAAUAAAACAGAAAUUUCUCUGGAAAUCCGGGUAAUUAUAGGAAAUUAAAAAGAAAUAUUAUUCGUAUUAUUCGUAACCAAUUGAUUUAAUUUUUUGAAGUAGAAUACUUCUAACAUUUCAAUACAGGUGCCCCGUUUCAAAAUUGUCGGCCGAACAUUUACCCAAUUUUUCAAAACGUGAAUAUCUGCAGUUGUACUGAAUAAAUGAAAAAAUAAAUGUAUUCGCUGUCUGAUUGGAAAUAUCCACAACAACUAAUUCCGAAGAAUGUAUAAUUAGUGCAAAUAACGAAAAAAAUGGCUUUUAUGAAAGCAGUACUUAUCUACUUCAUGAUUGGUCCGUACUACUCGACCCAGUAAACUAGUGUUAUUAGCACGGCUCCUUUGUCGUCAAAUGAACUGCGACACACCUGUAAGUCAUGAUUUAGAAGGAAAAAUCAAUAAGGGAGAUGGAGCACCUGAGAAGCUCAAUCAAAUAUGUACGUGAAGUUGCAAAUAGAGGUGCCACGUGUCCAUUUGAAUCAUUCGUCGCUCGCCUUCCAAACGAGCAACAUCAUAAUUGUAACGUCCGGACGGUACAAUAAGCGGAUAAACACUGUUAAUCGGGUUCGAAUUUGCAUCCCUGCAUUUCUCUUGCAAAUAUCGUCCUGGAAUCAUCCCAAACGUCUUGCUUGGAGUUUCCGAUGACAAUUUACGGCACAAGUUAGAAGGGAAAUAUGAAAGUGUAUUCCACUUCAUUGUGAUUAUGUCAAUGACAUCACUCACCCAUCUUUUUGUAAACAAGAUGAAUCUCGCCCAGUUAUUAGCAAAUGCGUGUUUGAUACACUACAAAUAGGAGUGUGACGCGUUAUUAACUUGUCACUCGGUUCUUACAAUGACAUCUUCUUUUAGACUACAGUGGAGACCCGAUUUUAUCAGCAACCGUUUUUAUCAGCACCCGAUUUUACCUACCCCCAAUUUUAUCAGAUUUUUGUCCCGAUUUUAUCAGCUUCAUAUGAAAAUUGAUAGUUGGUAGUUUGAUGGGCUCUAGCAGACGAACCAAGUUGAAUUCAAGUAAAUCCUUUCUUGGGCAUAUAUUUCUUAUCUUAGAGAUCCGAGAAAUGCAAACAUAAAAAUAUUAUUUUUUUUUAAAUUUUCCAAUUUUUUUUUUCCCUUAAGGGGAAUUUAAAGUAAAUAAUCAGAAAAGGUUAUAUCUAAGGAACAAAAAAGAAUAUUUUAAGAGCUUCGGUCUAUUGAAAAGAUAGAAAAAUAUAUGUCCCGAUUUUAUCAAUGUCCCUGUUUUAUCACCUUAAAAUUCGCCAAGGGGCUGAUAAAAACGGGUCUUUACUGUAUUUUACUUGGUUCUAUUACCAAAAUUGAGAUUCGAUUGAGGUGACACAGCGAGCGUCUCUACUUCAGCUGUUGUACGAAUGAUAAUUCGUCUUAAGCCCUCAAAAAGGCAAGGGGUCUCAGAGGUCCGGCUAGUUACAGUUCUCUAGUUUCAAUGGACUUGUAAUUUGAAAUACAAAUGAUCGAGCGUUAUCGGGCCUUCGAUUCUCUCACUGAUAAAACAACAUAAAAGAGGUUCAUUAUUUCAUUCGGUCUUAUGAGUUAUGCUUCUUUAAGUUACAAUUUUAGCUGCCUUUUUGAGGGUUAAGAAUUUCCGCAUUUCGUUAUCUCAAAUCGUCAAAUAAAUGAUUCAGCUGCACCAGGGUGUUUGUUGGCGUACAAUAUGAGAUACAUAAUGCAAAAUAAUUGGAAAUUUCUCAGAUAAAAGUAUCUUUUGCAAUUUAAAACACAAGACUAGUACGUUAAGUUCUCAAAUGAGAAACAUAUUUAUUACAAUAGUGAAGCUUCCAUUUUCGAAAAAUUCUAACGCAAAGACAGCUAUUUCCCAACUGCUUAAUUAAAACAGUUUAAAACAAUUACUAAAUUAACGUGCUUCAUAUUUCAUCACGACUGGUGGUGAAAUAUAUAUAAUAUACUUAUAAGUAGAGUAAUUUUGAUGUUUCUAGAAUGCUGAUACCUCUCUGAUAGAGAUCGAGUAUAUCAAUGUUAGUCUAGCUAUCAGAAGGUUGGAAUAAUAUUAAUUUUUAAUUUUAACUUUUCCCUUACAAAUGUGCACAAAGAGCAAUAAACACCGGUGAAAAGUUGUGUAGCUCGAAAAUAUUACUAUGUACAAAAACUUGAAAACCAAAAAAAUGGAAGAGAUGCACAACUGCUCAGAAAGAGUCUCUUUGAAGAGCCACUUUUUUAUGGUACAUCUUAUUGGCAAAGUUAUGAAAAUUUAGAGCCAUAGUACUCAAGUGAGAACAAGGAUGUGAUGCAUAUAAAUCGGAAAACUAGAAGUAGCAGGGUCAUUAGAAACAGAUUUAGAAUCUUACGGACUAAUCUUUUGUCUUCUGCUGGUAGGAGUCGAGCUUUGGCAGCAUUACUACGAAUCGCUCAAGUCUACCGCCAUGUCUUCCGGUAAAGACCGACUUGUCCCUCUUUCCCACGAGAACCGGAAUGAAUCGAAAUAAAAAAGAAAACAAUUUUAUUUUAAUUUUACGGAUAUCAUCCGUUUAAAAAGAUUUUUGAUGAAAAAACUAAAGAUCAGUUGACCUAAGCGAUUUCCUUGAGUUGAUGCUAUGGCUAUUUCAAGCAAACUUGAGCAUGUGGUACCAAAUUAAAUGAAGGCAUUCUUUCAGCAAGAUAUAAGAUUCCAACCACCAGGUAUACGGCUGAGAAAUUACUGGUAGCUUUUAUCAACGUCACAACAUUCUAUAUAUUCAUGAUCGUAUCUUGACGGAGUCCUGGGUUUGCGCAAAACAAUUCCUAACCCAUUAUUGGCCAACCUACUAUAUAUAGUAGAUGCUAAGAAUAACUCCUAUUACUCAGCCAAUAACGCAUAAAAGGCAUUAUCAAUGUGUUAAUAUUAUUCAUUUACCCUUGCAUUUAGAGAAGUUAGAGUGAUUAAAUCGGUGUUUAUGUUUUGUUUUUACUCAAUUUUCCCUUAAGGGGUAUUAAGUGUGUUAGACACACUUUUGUCAGGAUGAAAAAAAUCGUAUUUUUUGUAAAUUAGAUAUUCUGAAAUUACAUACGCUGAGGACAAUUUUCUUAAAAUUGCAUUAAGAUCGGAAUACUACAACUUGAAAUACAGCUAUUCAUUGACCAAUCGUUGGCGGUGCGUAGUGUUUGAUACGCUUGACCGUUGACUAACUGCACCGACAGUAUAACUCGACUAUCCCGGAGUUGUAUUCUGUUCAGAAGUUCAAUCGCGGCGAUCAUGAUAUCUCAGGAACUAAUUAAUUGAUCAAUCUGAAAUUUUCACUAGUUGUUCCUUAUUAUAUCAGCUACUUUGUGUACAAAAAUAAUUUUACUAGAAUGGCAAUAUCAUUCUUUUCCAAUCAGAAAACUCAAUUUGUGAUGCGCAUGAAAAAUAAGUUGGGCAAUACAGGUAAUCUACAUAUUUUUUAAUUUAUUUUUCAUGUCCAAAUUUCUCUUCAAUUACACAUGUAUUCCAUAUUUUAAGAAUUCAAUAUGUUAUACACAAUCUUAAAACGUACUGAUUGGGCUUCUAAUGAAUAUGUUAGCAAUUGGCCACUUCAUUGAAGACUAGUAAAGCGAUUUUUCCCAUUUCAUUUGCGUAUGAUCGUAAUUUAUUAAAAUCAACCAUUUAUCUCAAUAAACUAUACAAGAUCAGUAAGUUCUAACUGAAAACUAAUAAUAUUGGUUGGUUGGUUGGAUUCGGGACUGUAGAAUCUGAUUUUCUGGGCCGAAUGACAAUGUUUAAGUUCCAUGGCAUGCUGUGCCACAACAAAUUGCAUUUCAAAUGCAACCAUAUUUUAUAACAAUCCGAUACAAUCGCUUCCUGAAACUCCCGAAUUCGGUUCUUCGGAUUACACAUUCAUCUUAUCAUUUUCCACAUUUGGGUGCUCAAAGUACAUCAACUAUAUGAUCUACGACUCAUAUUGAAAGUAAUGCGGACAGAUUUAACUCCGAUUUCGGGUAUUCAGUUUCCUGGACUCAUGAUUGUUUUGUCUGUUUUGCAUUGAUGUUGCCAUCAUGUGACACAUGAAAUAACGUCCCCAUGACGAUCUACGAGGAUCCAGUAAUAUUUAUCAAAAUUUUACUGCUGGUUUCUGAGACUCAUGAGUCCAGUUACUAGAAUCGAUGAUUGUUUAUAAAUCCUGUCAUGUGUCUCAUUAUAUUAAUAAGAGUGAGAGAUCAUGUUUGCAGUUAUACGGACAUCUGUGCACAUUUUACGACCGGUUUGCUGUAUUUAGGAAACCGGACUGAAAUAUAUUUUCAGAAAUACUUGGAUGGUUUUUUUUUCAUAAAACGUUUAUUUGACACGCAAAAGCUUUUUACGCCGGGGGUUUUUUUUACGUAACAUGUUACAAAAGUUCUUAAGACUAUCACUUUAUAAUAAAAAUUCACUUUCUGAUGCUAACACUGAGGAUAAUCAUCAUUUUGAAUAUUUUUAUUUAUACUCUAUUUUCUUGAAUUUCAUUGUAAACCUAUUGAUAGUUUUUCUGUAAUCUUUGUUUAUUUUUUUUUCUUUAUUUAUAUCGUUUUAUCUAACUUGACUAACAGCGAGGAAAUCUAAAUUGUUUCUGGGUAGCAAGGGAAAAAAACUAGAAACAUUGUGGGGAUAAUUAUAUUUGAAUAUUUAUUGUUUUCAGGAAAUGAUAAAUAUGGCCCAUGUAUGUAAGAUCUCGUAAAGCGAGGAUAUCACGAACAGGAACAUAGGGUGGUUUUCUUCUGGCUCGUAAGGAGUCUAUUAAUUGGGAUCUGGCUUCACGAUAUUUAGUGCAAGACCAAACAACAUGUUCAAUGUCUUCGUAACCCUCUCCGCAAGCACAUUGAUUAUCUUCUGCGAUCCCAAUACGGCGGAGAUGCGCAUUCAACGUAUAAUGGUUAGACAUGAGUCUAGACAUCACACGAAUGAAGUUUCGACUUACAUCCAACCCUUUGAACCAUGCCUUCGUUGAUACUUUAGGGAUAAUUGAGUGCAACCACCGUCCCAGAUCUCCAUUGUCCCAUGAUGUUUGCCAACUAGUAAGCGUCCUCUGACGAGAAGCGCGAUAAAAUUCAUUGAAGGCAAUAGGUCUUUCAUAUACGUCACCGUCCAGUGCCUCUAUUUUGGCUAAAUUAUCCGGUCUCUCAUUACCUGGUAUGGAGCAAUGAGCGGGAAUCCACACUAAGGUAAUUUGAUAAGAUUUAUUUGUUAAUUUAGUUAAAUAUUCUUGUAUCAUCUUCAAAAAGAACGGAGCGUGAUUAUCAAGCUUUAAUAAGUGUAGUGCCUUAAUUGUGCUGAGGCUAUCUGCGAGGAUGAAAUAAUGGCUCGGAAGUAAAGUAUCAAUGAUUUCCAGACUAUAGUGAACUGCUGCUAGUUCGGCUGUGUAAACAGAGGCAGGUUAUGCAAGCUUGAAAGAGAUUGAGGUGUUAUCGUUGAAAAUACCGAAGCCAGUAGCCUCAUUGAUUCGUGACCCAUCAGUGUAGAACAUUUUAUGGCAGUCAAUGUUUAAUUAUGAAUAUUUUGGGGAUCUCCAGAGAGCGCAGGUGAUCCGGGAUUCCACGAAUUUCCUCUUGCAUGGACGUGUCGAAAAAUAAAGUGGAAUCGGGAGUAUCUAGUAUAUUAACACAUGUCAUAACAUAACUAGAAGGCGUUAUUUCUUGUGACAUGUGAUCGAAGUACACUGUCAUGAAUCUGGUUUGGGAUUGAAUCUCGACAAGUCUUCCAAAAUUUUCAAUUACCAAUGGAAUCAUAACCUCACAUCGUAUAAGUAAACGAGAGGAGAGAUCCCAGAAUAGAUCUUUUAAGGGAAAAACUCCCGCUAGACUCAUCGUAUGUGUCGAUUGCAUGGAACCUAAGGCGAUUCGUAAACAGCGAUACUGUAUUCGUUCCAAUUUAAUAAUGUGAGUGUUUGCAGCUGAACGGAAACAGAAGCACCCAUAUUCCAUUACUGAAAGUAUCGUUGUUUAAUACAAUCUUAUCACGUCAAUUGGAUGAGCACCCCACCAAGAUCCGGUUAUUGUUCAGAGAAAAUUUAUCCUUUGUUGGCACUUCUUUAUCAGAUACCUAAUGUGGCCUCCCCAUGUACCUUCAGAAUCGAACCAAAUUCCGAGAUAUUUAAAGGUCAUGACUUGGGCUAUCGUUCUACCAACCAACUAAAGCUGAAGCUGAGCUGGAUCACGCUUCCUUGAAAAAACAACCAACUCUGUUUUCUCCGUAGAGAAAUAGAUGCCUAGCUUCAGGGUUGUUAAUCGAUAAUUAAUCGUCAUCGUCGAUAACGUUACCCACCCGUCAACGUCAUCGGAAACUCCGUUAACGAUAAUUUAUCGUCGGAUUCAUCGUAAUCGUCGAUAAUUCAUCGGUGGUUAUCGCGAUACAUUUUGCGUUACUUUCCCGUUUAUUGGAGUUGAAGUUGAUGCGGUUAACUUUCAAUUGUUUUGAAAUAAAUAACUAUUGGAGGACAUGUUGUUGGCAGUUGAAAAUCAAUAGUUUUGGACAUUUUCUAUGCACAGGGGGGUCCGACGAUGUGUCAAAAUGGAAUUUUUGUCAACUUUUCGGGAGUUUUAUAUUGAAAGGAAAGUUAUUGGCAGUUGACAAUCAAUAGUUUUGGACAUUUUCAAUACACAGGGGGUUCGACGAUGUGACGAUUUUAUAUUGAAGGGCAGGUUGUUGGCGGUUGAAAAUCGAUAGUUUUGGACAUUUUCAAUUCACAGGAGGAUCCACCAGUGCACAGUGUUUCCAAAGUGGCAAAAAGGCGAAAGAAAUUCUUUGAACCACGAAAAACAUUUUUAAUGCUAUAGUGUCUUCAGCAAAGUUUAUUUAUAUUUUAUUGCAUUUAAAAAGUAUUAGUUGGGUGAUUAAUCCCUCUAAAGCUGAGCAGCAAGUUUUUGUUUGGUCAUUUAUGAAAAUAAAAAAAAUAAAAAAAACUUUAAAUUACAUUUGUGGAGAUUUCUUUGAUAUACCCCUGAAAAUUGCUUUUAAAAAAUACUUUUCCUGGUAAUUUUGUGGAAUUUCAAAAUGUUCCAGGAUUUUGUUCAGCAUAAGAAUAGAAGCAUACAGAAUUUUUGUAAUGUAAGUUUAUUUGUAUCUCUUACAACUUAGAAGUUAUCGAAUGUUUUAGUGCCUAAAAAGCAAUAUUUUGGUAUGGAAGCCGCAAAUUUCCGCAGACGAAUACCAAUACGAAUCUGUAAAACAAACACUAUCAAAAUCGUUUGGUGGGCUCUAGCCUACGUUCAAGUCAAAUUCGAGUAAAUUCCUUCUUUAGUAUAUUUUUCUUAUCUUAGAGAUGCAAAAUAUACAAAAAUAAUAAUACUGUACUGUAAGACCUCCUUAAGAGAAAUUUUUACUAAAUGAUCAGAACAGGUUAAGAGGCUUUGUCGAGGGACUAAAGAAGAAUAUUUUAACCGCUCCGAUUUAUUAAAAAGAAAGAAAAAAUAUGUUAGUCCAGGUGUUUGCGUUUUGACUUCGUCUCUUUGGAACCAGAAAAAAUAUGUGCCGAUUUUGCCAAUGUCAUCGAUUUAUCAGCCUAAAAUUCCCCAAAGGGGCUGAUAAAAACGGGUCUUCACUGUAUUCAAAAAACGACUAAAACUCUAUUAUGAGGCCGUUCAUAAAUUACACUACAUAUUUAAGGGUAAAACAAGGAAGAAUGAAGCAUCUUGUUGUCUACAAUUUUGCGUGUACUUUCCCGAAAAGUUUAAAUAAUUUCAUUUUGACGCAUCGUUGGGCCCCGCUGUGCAUAGAAAAUGUCCAAAACUAUUGAUUUUCAACUGUCAACAACAUGUCCUUCAAUAGGUAUUUAUUUCUAAACAAUUGAAAGUUAACCGGAUCAACUUCAACUCCAAUAAAUGAGAAAGUAACGCAAAAUGUAUCGCGAUAACCGAUGAACCGACGAUGACGAUGAAAACGACGAUACAAUUAUCGACGAUGACGAUGAAGGCGACGAUACAUUAUCGUUAACGGAGUUUCCGAUGACGAUACAUUAUCGUUAACGAGUAACGCCGAUAAAUUAUCGUGAAAAAUGUAUCGUAUUAACAACCCUGCCUAGCUUCAAUGCCCAACUUGAUAAAUUAUCCAAACUAUCUUGCAGUGGUUGUUGUAAAUUUAUGGCUUUUGGUCCUGUAACAGAAACCACGCCAUCAUCUGCAAGUUGCCUUAGAGUGCAUGGGCUGACAAUACAAUUAUCAAUGUCAUUCACGUAAAAAUUGUAGAGAAGGGGGCUUAAACAAGAACCUUGUGGGAGACCCAUGUAACUUAUUCUGAAUGUUGCAAAUCGCCAUAUGAAAAAUGCAUGUGCUUUUCUGACAAUAAGUUGUAUAAAUAAUUAUUUAACAUUGGUGAAAGACCACAUUGAUGUAGUUUCUCUGAGAGAACAUCAAAUACUUGGAUGGUUGAUACAAGUGCAUCUUUAUAGUCUAUUCUAAUGCUUAAAGUUCAUAAAUUGCUUUCAUUUGAUGAGGCGCUGACGGUGGGAAUAUUAAAAAACACUUUACAAGCCCAAACAGAAUAUUAAUGACUAAUACCUUAAUAAUUAGGAAAGGAGUCGAAAUAAGAAUAUUUUCAAUAAAUUUAAUUCAUAUAAGCAAAAAAAAUUGUGGCAUUUUUUUAUGGAACCGCUAUAAUUUUCUUAUGAGAAAAGUUGUUUCACACUGCUAGGUAGGUUAGAUUUUCAAAAUCAGUUACGCGGUAUCAAAAUUCUGCAAAAUAAAGUACCAUGAACAAUAAUUCUGUGAGAAUUUUGCAUGCUUCGAUAUAACGUAUAAUUUUUAAACCGAGAUGUACGUUAUAUCGAAGUUUACCUGUAAUGGGUUAAUGUAGAUACAGAACAAUUACAGGGCUGCGAAGACCCUACCGAUCACUGAGAAUUUUUCCUGGCAGGAGCGAAUGGCUUAUGAGAUCAGCACCAUACCUUCUGGGUCAGCGCGGCCCUUUGGAAUUAAAUUUGGCGCUCCAAAGUUUCGAAGAAUUAUUUUGAGUGUACCUUGAAAUGACACAUUGAUCCUCACAUUCGGUGGAUCUACACAACAAUUAAUGGAGCGAUACUGGCACAUGAGUGCCUUUUGUGGUAUCAACAAUCUGGUCAAAGUUAAACCUUAUUCAGCGAAAUAGUCUGACGACGAAUACUUGUACGUUCAUGAUAACACUUACUCCUGCUCUAGAGGUACUCCUAGACAUUAAACCACUAUAUGUGACUCUGAAACAAGAAGCAGAUCUACUAGCCACACAAGAGAAACUUGCGAAUGAAUUUGUUAGAUCAGGCGCUGAGUCUGACUUCGUUGGUCCAGAACCAGUUUAAGCACCGUCAAUUAGUUGGAUAAAGCACAAGAUUCGCUUUUAAGCUGCAUUCGAACAUGCCAACCAUUGGCGUAGCUUGAAAUUUGUCUUCAUACAAAGCCUCUUCUGCCAGAUGGUAGUCCGAAAAUGCCAAAGAAUUUGUCACAUUUUUAAAGCACAAUUGCAGUGUUCUAGUCAGGGUACUGACUGGGUAUUGCAAACUUAAUUAUCGUAUGGCUACUAUUCAACGUGCUGAGUAUUUUUCAUGAGUUUCUUGAAUCCGAUUGACGAACUUAAUAUCAUUUGAUAUGUAACUGGACUGCAGUAAUGCAAUUGCCUCUCCGGAUUUUUGGUUCUCCAUACAUAUACGAACCUAUAUACAGGGAGCUAAAAUUCAAGAAUGUGUCCUUGGCCAAGUGUGGUAAAGAGUUAUUGACAUUAUCAAUAGGGUUCAUUAUUCCUCCGGGAGUGAAGAGUCCAGGCCGUUCACUGUUUUGUGUUGUGAUUUUAUUGUGUUGUAAUUUUCCAUUUCCUUACCUUUUUCAUUCACCUUCCUUUCCCUUCUCUCAGGAAAAUGAUAAGACGCAAAAGCAAGUCAAGGUACAAAUUCGAGGAACAUGAGGAACGAAUCCUGCCAAUAUAUUGUCCGUACUUUUCCAAAGGAUACGCGACGAUUAUUUUUCGUCGCAGCAAAAUUCGUAGCGCUAUUCGGCGCACGAUUCGUCGCAAUGUAUUUCUUAUGGGAUGAAUGACACUUUAAUAAAAGGUGGUGCAAUUUGUGUAAAACCUUACUGUAAACAAUACGUACCAAAAACCUAAACCUACAGAAGCACAGUUUUCAGUAAGUUUUAUUGACAAAUUCAGUUAAGGUAAAUAAUUAGCACACAUUCAGCUUGGGUAAUACAUAUUUUUCGACGUUUUUAAGCAAUUAUUAUUAACUACGCCUAUUCAAUUCGUCGCAUCAAAACGAUUGAAUGGCUCUUUUCCAACGAAACGUACAAGAUUCUGAUUCCCGAAUAGUCACCGCAAAUAAAUAUGAAGGAAUGAGUAUCCAAAUAUUUACUUUCUAGGAUAUAUUGGGUAAACUUAUCAAAGAUUACUAGAUCAAAUGCAUUUGAGUACCAAGUGAUUCAAUUCGUGCUAACCUGUGCUAACUAUAUCCAAAUUGAGUUCUACAAGAUGGCGAUGAACUCAUGGCGAUGUUGAUUUGCUGAAGUCUGACCGUUUCAAUGUUAUGCAAAAUAAUAAUUCCGCCAGUAUUAAAAACAGAUGAUCCGGAAUAGAAAUGUAGAAAUACAUAAUGAAUAGAUCGCCACUUUGUGGCAAUAAGGUUGAAAUCGCCGAGAAUUAUGAUUUCGUCAGAGGUUUGUUCCAAAGGAAGAAUAGACGUGAAUGUUUCAGAAUGAUUAUCAGUUAAUUCAAUUAUACGGGUGAGGGGCGACACCUACAAUUUGAUAAUAUAAAUGGUUUCGCUAUUCAGGAAACUUCCAACUGGCGCCAUUGACUGAUUAGUGAACGUUUAGAAGCUUUCGCCCUGUAACAAACAAUUCCAUGGGGAAAUGGUUGGAAAAUGGUUAUCAUUAACGUUAGCAUACUUGCUCAAGACGACAAUGUGGAGGGAGACUUCUAUUCUCAGGAACAGUACAGGGAAGGCUGGUGAUAUUGGAUGGGGGGCUAUCAUAUUGCUUUCUACGGUGCGUCCCGGUUGCGGCGAAUUCAAAGAUAUCUCAUGUUUUAAAAACUUACAGAAACCCCGCUCUUGAUGAAAGAAGCACGUCGCAUCCGGCCAGCUUUCAUAAAAUUACGUCCAUUUUGAUAAACUUUAUCUCGCAACUGAAUUGCUCGCUAAAAGGCAUUUUCUACCUACAGCAUAUAUCUCUAUUUCGGAAACGAUGAUGGCAAUUCGCGAUGACUAAAUCUAAUAUUUUUUAGCGACGCACAGUGGCCGGAGGCUGGCCAAAACCUUAAAAAUUUAUUUUUGAAAUAUUGAUAUUUUAUAUUUUUCCUAAAUUUCUUAUGUAUUGAAUGACGUACAUUCGAAAUUUUAUGAUCAUUGGAUAAGAACACGAUUUUUAACAUGAGUUUAAACGUACCAAAGUCCGGAUUUUUUAAUGAUUUUUAUUUCCGAAACCACCAUUGCGCUGUUCACUUCAAAUGCAUGUUGUUCUUUUGAUUUUGUUCCGAUUUUAGCACAACUAGUUUCAUUGUGUAGAGGAACUAAAGAACUUGGUUAUUGAGCAAAAUACAUUUAGUAAAUUUGCUUGGAACUAUGACUUUUUAGUUUAAAUAUGUUUAAGGUGGUCAGAUCAAAAAUACUUUGUUCACCAAUGUAUUCUGUACAAAUUUCAGAAUCAUUUCGGAACGGUCACAUAGUAUACAUUCUAUGUGAAAUUACCUCUACUUUUCGAAUAUAAUGGUCUCGUUCUGCGCCUAGGUGCGCAAAAAGGUUUAAGGAGAUUUUGAAGCUUUGUUGCUGAUAUGGAGACACAUGGUGUUUUGUGUAAAAUAGUUAGACAAUCUACAGUAAACCAACACGUUAUACAGUGGAUUUAAAGUAGUGUUCUUCAUUUUUUAUGAUACUGUUGACAUUGGCGAACAGUAACGGAAAAUCUAUCAUGAAAACGGGAUCAUAGUUAUAAGAAAGGUUCAAUGACACUGUAUGGAAAAAUGCAUUUAAUAUUUUACGACGUUUGACAUCAAAAAUGAGCUCAGCACCUCAAAAUUAGCUUAAAUUGUGAUUUUCAGCCAAAUUAGGUAACAUUUGAGGUUUUGUCCGACUUUUGUUUGAAGAGCCGCCACUGUGCGCCGCACAGUGGUCCCAAGGAACAAAAAAGGGGUUUUUUUAGAUUGCGUCAAAACGGUUGACUUUAGCAAUAUUAUGCCUUUGAGAAAGUUUCUUGGAGUAGAGCUCCCCUUCUUUCUGUUUUAUCGGAUUGAUGAUUAAUCCCCCUAAUAGUGAGUUACGAAAUUUAUUUUCUUCAACAAUUCAGAUAGACAAAUACUUACUUCAGCAAAGUUGUAGAGAAACUUGUUACAAACAUUUUACCUGAAGACUUCAACUCUCUAACUUUUGAGGUUUUUGAGAUAUAGGACAUUAUUUGUAAAAGGCCCCUUAAAAACUGUUUUUUCAUCAUAAGUUUUCUUAUAGAUUUUUUCCAUUAUAUAAAUGUUCUAGAACAUUGUUUGGACUAUUAAACUGCUUUACUUUGCCGAAGACGGAAACUUGCUAUCGCUAGUAUGUGUGGAGAUAUUCACAUUUUUUGAUUGAAAAUAGCUCUUUUUCCAAUGCCGAUAACUUUUAAACGGGCAAAAACGGGCAAACCACUUUAUAAACAAAUUAAAGUGCGAGAAAAGCACACCAAAUACUGGAAAAAUCAGAUCUCCCCAAGGCGGCCCUCUGUGGAAAUACUAGAGCUGAAGUUUGUCUAUGCUAGAGCUGUUCCGGCAUUAAAUACAUCGCUAUAUAUUACUGUUAGCUUUGAAAUAAAGGGUUAAAGUCGCAAUAAUUAGCCUUUCCUACUUUUGUAAGCACGUCUUGAGUAAAUACCCAAGCAACCAAAAGUUGAUAUAAAGGAGCUGCUAAAGCGUCUCGUUUUAAGUAAUUUUGCAAUACGUUUUAUGUUCUAAUAGCGGGUUAAGCAGUUUUAUUAAAGCUUUAGCAGCUUGAAAGUUCGCUAAAAACUUUUUGUGAAUUUUAAAGUGUGCUUUUUAAGUAUUAUCUACGCCUGACACCGGAAACUGACAAUUCCCUUGCGCCUACUUCAUAACAAUCGCGUAAGUGCAACUAAACGGCGAGUAAUCAAUUGCAUUUAAUGACUGAAUGAGACAAACUUCAGCUCUAGUAUUUCCACAGAGGGCCGCCUUGGGGAGAUCUGAUUUUUCCAGAAUUUGGUGUGGUUUUCUCCCACUUUAAUUUGUUUACAAAGUGGUUUGCCCGUUUUUGCCCGUUUAAAAGUUAUCGGGAUUGGAAAAAGAGCUAUUUUCAAUAAAAAAAAAUGUGAAUAUCUCCACACAUACUAGCGAUAGCAAGUUUCCGUCUUCGGCAAAGUAAAGCAGUUUAAUAGUCCAAACAAUGUUCUAGAACAUUUAUAUAAUGGAAAAAAUCUAGAAGAAAACUUAUGAUGAAAAAACAGUUUUUAAGGGGCCUUUUACAAAUAAUGUCCCAUAUCUAAAAAAACUCAAAAGUUAGAGAGUUGAAGUCUUCAGGUAAAAUGUUUGUAACGAGUUUUUCUACAACUUUGCUGGAGUAAGUAUUUGUCUAUCUGAAUUAUUGAAGAAAAUAGAUUUCGUAACUCACUGUUAGGGGGAUUAAUCAUCAAUCCGAUAAAACAGAAAGAAGGGAAGUUCUACCCCAAGAAACUUUCUCAAAGACAUAAUAUUGCUAAAGUCAAUCGUUUUGACGCUAUCUAAAAAAACCCCUUUUUGCCUUUCCCAUAUAAAGAAAGGCUAUGCAAUCACUGUAAAAAUCGACUUUUUAACCGAGGCCCGGAGGGCCGAGUGUCAUACACCAUUCGAUUCAGUUCGUCGAGAUCGGCAAAUGUCUGUGUGUGUAUGUAUGUUUUUUUUUUUUACAAUGGAGAAGACCUUUAUGUCCUAGCCCAGUACACGUGCUAACGGUAGGGUCCAAUCUACCACACGGGGUGCACUGGGGGCGUGUCGGACUCGAAUGGUGACCAGCCAUUAAUACCGACUAAACUCCAUUGGGCUCCGCCAUCAUUCCUCCCAGGAACUACCUCUCGGUAUUACUUCUAAUCGCAGAUCUAGAUCACUGAUUGCCAAUCAAACAUUCUUUGAAUAUAUUGUCCACUAUCGACGAUUCCGGAAGUCCGGAAUUCCGGGCAUAUUCCACAAUUAAAGUCAAAUCGGUUCUUCGGUGAUGACUGAACCGAUUUUCUCAAACCAAGUCUCAAAUGGAAGGCAAAAUAUGCAGUUGAGUAUUGCGUCGCCGCCCCCCCCCCCCCCCCCGUCUUGUCCUUACACCUCCCUCCUUCAUCACUCCCCUCCCCUUGGACCACCCUCACGCCGCAUUUCCUUCAUCCAUCCCGUAUACCGAAAUAAGAUGAAGGAUUUCUGACGCAUCCUCCACUCCCACUCUACUAACCCCCCAUUCCCUACACGUUCAAACCCAUUCCACCAACCAUUCCAAAUUAUAAUCACAUGAAGAUAACAUUGAACUCAUGCUUAUUAAGCUAAUUAAAUAUUAUUCUUUUGCCUUUCUCAUAUAGAAAGUUUAUGCAAUUGCUCCAAAAACCGACUUUCUAACCGAGGCCCGGAGGGCCGAGUCUCAUAUAACAUUCGACUCAGUUCGCCGAGAUCGCAAAAUAUCUGUGUGUAUGUAUGUGUGUAUGUAUGCAUGUAUGUAUGUGUGUGUAUGUGCAGAUUUGUUUACAAAAUGUCCACAUCGGUUUCUCGGAAAUGGCUGAACGGAUUUUUACAAACUAAGAUUCAGAUGAAAGGUAUAAUAUUCCCAUAGGUUGCUAUUGAAUUUCAUUUUCAACCGACAUCCUGUUUCGGAUUACGAGUUGAAGAGUAUGGUUACAAAACAAAAUUUGUUGAUUUGUCCACAUCGGUUUCUCGGAAUUUUCUGAACCGAUUUGGUAAACUUGAUUUUAAAUGAAAGGUCCAUCAGCUGCAUUUGAAUUUUGUGUGGAUCCGAGUUCUGGUUCCUGAAUUACAGGGUGAUACGUACGAUCACGCAGCAAAUCCCGAUUCUAACGAAUUCUGCGAUGUAUGUAAAAAGGUGAAAUUUUUUCCAAAAUGUAAACACAACUGUUGAAUUUGUAGAUCUAGGUCACCAACAGUCAUUCAAAGGCUCUUUGGCCACACUGGCCACCAUCGACGGAUCCGGAAGCAUCCAAAUUCAGAAUAACGGUUAUAUUGGUUUCUCGAAAAUGGCUAGACCGAUUUGGUCAACUUAGUCUCAAAUAAAAGGUGUUGCGUCCCUGGAAACUGAUAUUAAAUUCCAUCCCCAUCCGACUUCCGGCUCCGGAGUUACGGGUUGUGGAGUGCGAUCACAUAGAAAACUCCGAUUCAAACCGAUACCGCGAUGAAUGCAAAAAGGUGCUCUUAUAUAUACUUACGAAGUGUAAUAAGAAUGAAAGACAUUUCAAUAAUGUUAUAUUGCACGAACCAGCUAUUAAAUCAUAGUUUGGAGAAAUGAGAAAGGCACAAUUGCACCUCUAGGUGGAUUAAAACAGGUUUUUGCUCUUUGGAACCACUGUGCGCCGGAAUGAGCUUGACUUAUGAAUACAUUUUCAACAUACCAACGUUUUUUUCUUGUCACAUGUUAGAAUUGGGAACAAUUGUCGAUUUUCUGUCUCAAGAGUGCGCUUAGUCCUGGAAAGUUUCAGGACCGGCCAUGAUUUGGGAGUCAAAAGUAGUGUCGCAACGAUAUCGUUCGAAAAUUCCCCUCCCCCUUAUUUUCUGCUUUUCUCCAUUUCCGCAGUUAAUGCUGCAAGCGCUAUUUUUAUAUGCCUGUCAGCAAACAGCAUGCCUUGCUCAAGGCUGCGAAAGCCGCAUUCACCGCAGAAGAUAUCAUCGCAAAUCCACACAAAGCUAGAGUAUAUUCGCUGAAUCAUUAAUCAUAUCCAAUUUCGACGAGUGAUAGUUGAAUACGAUGCCAGCAUGAUUUUAUCACUGAAUCCUUAGCAUUUCAUCUGAUUUAGUGUGGUUACCGUUUCGAAGCAUGCAAUGACAGAUUGAAGCCAUCGCGGGAAUCCGAUAUGCUUCAAUGGGCUCAUCACAAGAAAAUGUUUUCUCUCUGCUGACGGUACUGCGUGUAAACAAGCCAAGUCACAUGCUAAUUAACUUAGUCAACUUACUCCGAGAUACAAACUGGGUACCGAUUGGAAACAUAUCCUAAAUAUAUACAUCAAAACACGACUCAAAUGUACUAGUACAAAAAUAAACAAACCGAAUCACAACAAUGUUACAUUGUUACCUAAAAGACGUAAAACGAUUAUAAACUUCUUCUAAGAUAUCUUUCACAUAAAAGUUUUAAUUUAAGAGGCGAAUGACUCUCAGGUUAAACCGUCAUAAAAAUUUAAAAAAACAAAAUUUUGCAAUUAGAAUUUUUUAAUAAUUUAUCUCAUAGAUUCGUCAAAAAAUAUUGUGUAUUAGUUAGUACCAUUGCUAAGAGGUUUCGAGGAAUAACCCUCUCCUUUCCCCCAUCCAUGUGUUGGAGAUGCGAAUAGUCGUGUAUAAACAAGAAAAUUCUUCCAUUCAAAAGGCACCUCGUAUUAAGGAAAUCAAUCUACUACCUCCUGUAAUCUGUAAAGGAUCUGUUCACUGCGGCAACCCUUGUGCUGAGGCAAUUAUAAAAAACACAGUUACAAACAAACAAACCCACAAACUCCACUUAAAUCUAUGAAUAUUUGAACAAAAAUAACCCCUCUCCCAUCUUUCCUUUUUUACUUCAAAUUUUCUGAAUAUGAAGUACUACUGUAUAAUUAGGUUUUGGCAACUUUGCUUUAUUGAACCUUCUCUCCCAAUCCGGAACGCCCGCACCUUUGCCUUGUCCCCUAUUAUUAGGUUUGAUGUAAUGGUAAGGCCGAAUUAAGUCAUUUUCAACAAACUUUCGUAAAACACCGAAAAUGUGGCAAUCAGGAUGGUCCAAACCCCACGUUAAAGCGGGGCCAGCAAGUAUAUUUAAAGGAUUAACGUCUUUUAGCACAAAACCAAAACUAGUGAUUUUAUAUUUGCACUUUUGAGACACAAUGGAAGGAUGCCAAAUACUUUCCAAAUCGUGUGAGGUCUCCCUUUUGAAAGCAUUUGUCCGUUGAUGCUGUCGAAUGUGAGACCACCAACUCCCGAAGAAACUCUCAAAGUGAUACGGCACGUUGAUCUUAGACCACUUGUCGAGAGAUAACGUUCCAUUCAGUUUUACUAAUCUUGAUGAACUAAUCUUAUGAUCUGCCUUUCUUUCGGGCAGCAUGAUUGUGUUGUUGUGUCAAAAUGUCUUGCACUACGACUCGACCGUCUAGAAAAAUGGUUCGAAGAUGCGUCAGCUCGUCCUCUGGUAUUAAAAUCGGCUAAAGUUGCCAUAGUACGAGUUUUUUAAAUUUGCGGGUAUCCUGUUAAAAAUGUACAUAACGGUUAACAACGUUAUUAGAGAUACACGGAGCUAAUUCGUAUAUUCGUACCUCGAUUGUGUCAUCGCCCAUAUAUAUACAAAUGUACUGACAUCUUGUUGCCACAUUGAACGAUAUAUUCCGUUUUGCGGGAGAAACCCUUCUGUUUGAUUAAUGAUCUGGACCGCUAUAUAUACCGUACGCAAUGGCUAACAUGGUAAAAUUGUAGGGUGUAAACAUUGGCCAUGUUAAGCGCCAUUUGAACGUUUUAUAAUUUUUUCACUUCACACACAGCUGAUUUUAAGGGACAUCUCAAAAAGUAAACAGGAAUACAAUUUGACUAUAAUAGGGCCACUUUCUGCUUGUAAUCGUCACUCAUUUUUUCACGAUCGAUACAGUACCCAUGGUUGCGUUUGUGGAAAAAAUACUAAAUAGUGCUAUAAAAAUAUGAAAAUACCAAAUAAAUCCAUUUAAUUACCGGUUAAUAAAGCCUAGUCUAUCUUCUAAUCUCAUCUUAUAGUAGCCAUGUGAUAAUUCAGUUUGCAAUGCACAGUCAGUGUCGUGACUAGAAUACUGCAAUUGUGCUUGUAAAAAUGCAGCAAAUUGAAGGUGUGAGUCAAGAAUUACCUCAACGUACUCGACAUGAUCUACGAGAAUAAUUUCAGAAUAAAUCCUUCGUUGCAUAAAAAGCACCAUUGAUAUUUUAUUUGAAUUAACGGAUAGUCCAACAUGAAGCCACCAUUGUCCAACAACUCUUGGCUUGUUGCAUCAAGUCAAAAACUGUGUUAAUGUAAAUACCGGUGAUUAUUAUAUGAUAAUCAUCUAUGAAACCAAACACAUGUCGCAAACUCAAGCUGUUUGUGACAGCACACCAUCUUGAGGAUACCCGCAGACGCUCAAUUUCCUUACAUAUAUUUAUCUUAACGUUGAGCACUGAUAUCAGUUGCUAAGCAUUGUGUGUUGCAAGACUACAAAUAAGAACUUUUUUGAAAAUAUACUAGAAGUUUUCAUAUCCUCUUUGAAGUAGCACUUAUACGGACUUAUACGGAACAAAAUGACCAAGAAUCAGAACUACCCGAAAUGAACUCAGGGGCAGUUGUCAGUGAUGCCCCACUACAGCCUCGAAAGUAUGUGCUAAAAGAUAGUUGAGUACUACAUCUUCGUCAAACGAGUAUUCACCAGUAGCAGUUCUAAUGAAAUUGACAUGAAAAUCUUUCGAUUUCGAAAGUAACUUUUUUAAUCCUCCAGUUCCGUUGAUGCUUUAGACAUUUGUGCUGAGGCUUUUCCAACCACUUCGCUCAGAGGAUCGAAGGGCAUUUUUGUAUGCUUUGCGAGUAAACUUAAAACCUUGUCCCUUCGUCUGCAAUUCCAAACUCUUCUACAUAACUUUUUGAGUGAAACAAGUUCGGCAUUUCACCACGCAUAACACUAGAAGCACGCAUAACACGAAGAAGACAAGGCUCUUGGUAUGCUGCUACUACCAAUGUGUUUGUUUUAUCACCGACCUCAUCCAAGUCACUUGGAGAUUCAAUCGUUAGAAUACCCAUGAAACCUAGUCGCCGAACUCACUUCGUAGAGGUUCGUUCGUAGAUUUGGGAUUACGAUAUGUGACGAUAUCUAGCAAGACGUUUAAAGGAUCAAAGACGAUGUACUUAUUAUCAGAUACCGACGGUUCGAGCACCUUCGAUACGAGCCAGUUUGCCAACUCAUGCGUAAUACCGUCAGAACAGAGAGUAACAUCUAAGACAUCUUCUCUGCCAGCUCCUGCAAAUGUUGGGCGAUUUCGUACAUUAAGUAUGUGUACAUUUGUACUACUUACGUAUUCCAUUAAUUCGGUGCAUCUCAAAAUGAUAUCUGAGCGGCCUCCUUUGAAAACGAAAAAACAGUUUUUUCUCGCUGACGUUUACACAAUCAUGAAAAUCAAUCAGCGUAUUCGGAGCAUUGGUAGAGUGCUUUUUAUUGAUGUUAUUGAAGAUUUUGUCAACAGUAUGUCCGGCGAAGAGGUAAUCGGAGGAAAAUAUUAUUGCAAAGGGCACGAGGGCGAACGUUCAUAUGAAACGCACUGAGAAGUUCGAUCGUGCAAAAUAUCCGAAAUUGUCGUAGCACGGAGUAUGUCCCGCCGCAUUUACAAUAUAUAUCGAAUCCAAUAAGCAAACCACGACUUUCGUAACUUGGCAGCUGGCGAGGGUUGUUCCAAGGCAAACGAUGAAGGACAAACCGAACAAAUCUCCGCUGAACUAUCUAAAUUCCAUAGGCACCGUUGAAAUAAUGAGGGUUCCACACAACUGAACCAUAUUCCAGUGUUGAGCGAUCGAGUGAGCAGUGGAGGGACUUCAAGCAGUAAAUAUCUGAAAAGGGCUUAGAUAUUACGAACCCCAAACUGCGAGAUGCUUUUGCGACAAUAUAGCUGAUAUGCUGCUUAAUGUUGCUGCUUAUUCGGGAUUAUUAAUUGCUUUUCCAUAUCAUAUUCAUGGUUUUUCUAUGGGGUUAUAUGGUAUUUGAACCCAUUAGAAUUUGCUCGGGAAGACAACCGUUAAACAAAAGUUGACGUCGUUGAAAUACAGGAGCAAAAUCAAUGGACUGAGGUGGCAGCUUUGCGGAAUACCAGAUGAAGCAAAGAACUCUUCGGACACACAAUGACAUAUGUCGACUAUUACGGAGAUAUUGUUGCAUUCAACGGAUGCAAUAUUAAUACCCAAUCCAAGUCUAUCCAACUUUGCCACUGCAAUAGCGUGAUUAAUCUUGUCGAAAGCAGCUGAAAGGUCAGUAAAGAUAACGUCAGUUUGAAGGCUGUCAGACAUGGCAUCUGUUACAUAGGUUGUGAACGAUAGAAGAUUCGUAGAUGUUGAACGUUUCGACAUAAAUCCAUGCUGAGUCUCGAAGAUACAUUGUUUGCAGUGGCUGAAGAUGGGUUCCAACACAGCCAUUUUAAAUAGCUUAGGAACUGCACUUAGCGUUGUAAUACCACAGUAGUUUUCGACUUCCUUUUUAUCACCUUUUUGCGAACUGGAAACAUAAAGGAGGAUUUUCAGAGUUCGGGAAAUAUUCCGGUUGUUAGCGACAAUUGAAACAGAUCACAAAGAGAUUCAAUUAGACCGGCAGAGCAUUUCUUUAAGAAUAAUAGUUGGUUUACCAACUGGGCCUGCCGCGGUUAAAGCCUUCAUUUUGCCAAUCGCCAGUUGUACCACAUUAUUGUCGAUAUUGAUAGAGUUCAAAGACUGGUAUGAUUGCCCGAUCAGAAACACAUAGGAGAAAUGUUUCAAAACACUAUCUCGCAUUAUUAGUUGUUAUAAAUUUCUGUUAUUUUAACUACUAACGAGACCUAAUUUAUAACACAAUAUGUUACAAAAAUUGUGAUCUGUUAUAAUCAUGUUAUUUCAUUCUGAUCGGGUAUGGUUCAUUGAGCGCCGCACAUGAAACCUGGGUCACGAACGCGAAUAGUUGGCAAAUCUCCCGUGAACUAGAGCUUGUACGCCCUCCAUAGCCCAUCGAUGAAGACAACCCGGAUUCUUUUCUUUGCUCGUUUACAUGCUUCCAGAACGUUAGUUUUUACAAACCUCAACUAUAAAAUAAAGUUAUGGUAUCCACAAUAGGAAUUCUAAUUUCUAAUUAUUAAAUUAAAAUAUAACAUAUUAAUAAGGCGAAUGAAUUCAAAGAAACUACUAUUUUUAUUGCUCUUCUAUAAAUACCAGAAUUUUUCCGUUUUCCGCUCAAUCAGUUUUACUUUCAGAUAAAAAUAAAAAUAAAUACCCCCACCUGUAAUCGGACCUAGUCUCAACAUUGUUACAUCUUCAACAGCUCAACACAGGUUCUCUGGGUUAAUCUAACAGCACCCCCAGGUUAAUCCAAAUCUGCCCGGAGUUGUAUCAACUCGAAGGUUUUCCUGUAUAAACGUGUUGCAUUUUGCACACUGUUAGUUUCAAAAUCGAAACUCAGACCCCUUCCCCUCGCAAUGUUUUUCUGGAUCCCCUUACCCUGAUUACGAUCGUUUCCAGGUCGCGUAUUUAAGGACAAAAAAUCGACUUCGUUUUUAUCCGCUUACUUGUUAGUAUUGAACCUCUAAAAUAGUCUCCCGCAAUAUCGGUGACCACGCUGGACUUCUUUUGUUUCAAACAGCCAUACAUUCCUCGCGCGUAUUUGCUGCAACACACGCAGAUUUCAAUUUUUCGGCAACAAUUUUCGAAAAACUGACAGCGAUAAAAAUACAGUGUAAACAAUACACUCCAAACUACUUCUACUCAAAUUUUCAGGAGAAAACACCCAAUGGGUUCAUUUCUACAGCGUUUUUUCCGUGUUGCAAUUUGAUGUGGGACGCUAGGGCACCGCAAAAAAAAUAAUUUAAUUCUCAAAGCCCCCCCCCUCUCAUAUUGCGACAAAUGUCAAAGUAAGCUCAGAUGCCAAAUUUCACACUAUUUGGACAAUUUUAGACCCCCGUCCACUUCGCUUGAAUUUUUUUGAAAUUGGUUCUAUGGGAAAACAUGGAGGAAAAAUACAUUAAAUGCUAUAACUUUUUAAGUAACAAUCAGAAAUUACAAUUUAUACCUCUUUUGAAAGGAAAUAAUCUUAGUAUUUGAAUGGAGAUAUUUUUGUUUCAAUAAAAAUACAGGAUAGUGGGGUACUGGGUCAUUUUGGCCCCAAAAUCCCAUAUUUUUAAUGAUUUUUCUGCUCCGUGAUGCAAAUCAUACAUAUUUUGUAGUUUUUCUAAUGUGAAAAAAACUCAGAAAUCGAACAGAACUCUUUUGACCUUAGUCCAAAUACGAGAAGUUGGAAUUAUAGGGCUUUUUGUCAUUCAUGUUAAAUUUUAUAAUUUUCUCAUCUCUAUUAUUCUUCAAUCAAUUUUCAUAAAAUAUAACUUUUUGAACGUGUAAAAUUCUGAGGAAUAAAACUAAAAUAAAAACGAUAGAAGUAAAAUUCAGAAACAUCAAACUUUUUGAUUUUGCUCUACAAAUCUCAUUUUUUUCAUUAUUUGUCCUAAUACCUCAACUUCCCCUAUUUUUCCAGGAAUUUAACUUUUCUUAUGUGAUCCCUAAGCAUAUUUUACACUAAAAGUAGGAAAUUAAAUAAGAAUUUUGUUGUUAAAUGGAGUUAAUAUGUGCGAUUUUACUAAUCAACGAAUUGACCUGAUUUUUUAUGAGACUGCACUGUGUAGUUUGUCUUUGUGAUCCACAGAAAACUGAAUAAAAAAGUUUCUCCCUAUUAUUUUGAAGAAAGGUGAGCGAAUUUGGCAGUAAAAUAUGAGAGUUUUCGGUUUUCAUGAAGCCAUUUUCCGAAAAUAUUUUCUAUUUUUGUUGGUUCAUCGAGAAACUACAAGUCUAAGAUUUACAAAUCGUAUUGAAUUUCCUGUGUCAGUCAAUUUUUUCAAGAGAUAUCGUGUUCGUCGCGACGCUCCUCGGCGUGGAACUGGUUGGACGUCUACUCUUGGAACGCUAGUAUGUGCGCUCAAUGAAUGUAUAAAUAGAUCUUAACAUUACACAAAAGAUUCAUUAUUGCCUUGCCUCCAAAAUCGUAAAACAAUAUAGCUUUUGGUUUGAGCACUUUACACCAGACGCCCCCUUAACGAAAUUGAGCAUUAGAGCGUAGAAAUUGCGCAAACGCUGGCCAGAUUUAAAUACUGAAAUUGUGCAAAUUGAAAUGUUUCCGGUUGUGCAAUUUAGUGAUUUCGAGCAUAACUCACCCAACCACAUACCUUUUCCUCAAUAAUAAAACGAACGUUCACAUUAUGUAGGUACCAGAAUAUACCUGCCGCAAUAUGGCAUACCCUGGUUUACGAAUCACUAAGUCCAUCGUCUAUUCUUCAUUGAAAAGUCUUGCCAAAUUACAUCGGUGAGCUUGUUUACAUAAAAGUUGAAUCCAAUUUCGAUUGGUUCGAAAGAAAUACAAAAAGUCCAUCAAAGGACUAUAAUUCAAUUUGUACACCUUUCGAAGCUCGAAGCCUAAUUUCGUUCGGCCAACAGCCGCCAUCGUAAAGUUGAACUACCAUGACGCUAGAAAAAAAUCCACGACGACAAAAAAUGGCUGCGCCACGUUGGCUGUGGCGGCAAGCUAAAGGGAAAUAAACAAAUUUUAACUCAACCUGGUUACCGAGGAGUUUUUUUUUAAUAUUGCUUUCUCCUGAAUAUUUUACAGUAGCAGAAAAGGCUAUACACAACAACAACAGCUUGCACUGAGUUUUCCCGUAUUCUUCCAGUCGUUCUCUCUCCUUCCUUCUCGCACUCUGUGCUGUUGGCGUAGAUCGGGUUGUUCAUUGUUAUCGGAAAGAAUGAUUGAUGAUGGUAUGUUUUCGGCAGAAGUAUUAAAUAUAGGACCAAACGACGUCUUAAAUAUUAGGAAGUAAUAAUAAUAUUAAUAAUAACAAUAAAAAACAUCCUGUACAUAAUGAACAUCUUCUUACGAUGUAAGCGAAAAGGAUAAGAUGAAAAUAUGUUGUUCGACGAUGUGAUGUUAGCACACAAUGCAACUGCCGAGGUAAAGUAGAUCGGGAUGAUUUUAGUAAAAUAUUUCUGUGAUGACAAUGACAAGAGGAUCAUUUGGAAUCCUUCGGGCGGAUCGCGUUAUAUCUUUUAUUAUUAGUGGUCUAGGGGUGGCGUUUUUUUCUCUUCUUGUAUAAUGAUUAAUUUCGGUUCGGUUCGGUGUUCAAGGGCACGAGAACCGCGAAGAAAAAUCGUAUCGUACAAAUUAGGACACUUUGAGUAGGGUAGCAGCAAAUGCCGAAAAGUUUCCUCUUUGUUUAACGGCAAAGCUCACAUAGAAAUUUAGAUGAAAAUUUUAAUCAUGUUAUGCACAAUAAAACCUAUCAAUCAAGAUUCGGUUCCCUAGAAAUGUAAAGGCGCAAUCCUUUGAGUAAAAUCAAACGGAGCGACUGUGUAUUUGUUGAUUUAUUGUUUAUUACAAAAUUUAUAGCAUUUCUUAAGACUGAAACUCAAAUGUGGGAAAAGUAUUUUAAUUAAAAAAGAAAGAAGUGUAAUUUGAUACAGUAAGAGGCGAAAAACCAAGCAAACUUCAUUAGAAUAAUGAGAAGGAAACAAACACUACGAAAAAUGAAGAAAGUUAAGUUCUUCCUUCGGGUGGAACCACUCCCCCUUUUUAACUAUAAGUAGCUACUAAUAAAAGAGAAACGAAGAAAAACUUCUCUACAAACUUACUUUUCUCAAUUUCCCCUAAAGUGAAAUUCUUGGCAACCGGCGAAGCCGAAAAAAAAUGUUUGUGUAAGUGAAAUUGGAUUGAUACAAUCUGCAUGAUGGCAGGAGUUAUAAAAAUGCACAGAAAGACAAAAAACAGAUUCCAUAGGAUUAAAACUGAAUGAAAUUAAAAGAAACCCUGUAUUUGUAUAUAGCACAAACCCUAAUGAGCUAAUUGAAGCUAAUGAAAGCAAACACCCACACACUGAGAAGGAAAUUGAAAAAAAGUUAAAAUACUGAAACAACUCUAGUAUGUAUGAUGAGAGCCAUACACGCAAACUGACGAAGUUAUUUGAAAAAUAAAAUCAA